GGUAGACUUAAAAAGGAGGCAAGGGAACAGGCCGCCGCCUCGCGGAAACCAAACCAGAGGAGGAAAAGGAGAAGCCAUUGGCGUUGUUAGAGCAAAUAAUCUCGCAUCUCUUCUCGACUUCUCCUCUUCUUCUGUCCUAGUCGUUACUGGGCUCAUUUCUUUUCCCUUUUUUGAUACCAAAGGCAAACAAAGUUUGUACCUUUUUCCUUUGAUUUCAUCCCUAGGAGAGAUCCGUACCCGUACCUGGGGUGAAGCAGAGAGAGAGAGAGAGAGAGAGCCACUAUGAAGUACGUUUUAGUGACAGGAGGAGUGGUGAGUGGACUUGGGAAAGGUGUCACUGCCAGUAGCAUUGGCCUUCUCCUUCAAGCUUGUGGUCUUCGUGUUACUUCUAUAAAGAUUGACCCUUAUCUUAAUACUGAUGCGGGGACGAUGUCUCCCUUUGAGCAUGGAGAAGUAUUUGUAUUGGAUGAUGGUGGGGAGGUGGACCUGGACCUUGGAAACUAUGAACGGUUUCUAGACAGCACGUUAACCCGUGACAACAAUAUAACCACCGGAAAGAUAUAUCAGUCAGUCAUUGACAAGGAAAGGAAGGGGGACUAUCUCGGAAAGACCGUACAGGUUGUUCCACAUAUUACCGAUGCCAUCCAAGAAUGGAUAGAGCGCGUAGCUAAUGUUCCUGUGGACGGAAAAGAAGGUUCUCCAGAUGUCUGCGUAAUUGAAUUGGGUGGGACUAUAGGUGAUAUUGAAUCUAUGCCCUUUAUUGAAGCCCUUGGUCAGUUCUCUUAUAGAGUAGGACCUGGAAAUUUCUGCUUGGUUCAUGUCAGCCUCGUGCCUGUUCUUAGUGUUGUUGGUGAACAGAAGACAAAACCAACCCAGCAUAGCGUGCGAGGACUCAGGAGCCUUGGUUUGACGCCAAAUAUUCUAGCGUGUCGGAGCACAAAGGCACUUGAAGACAAUGUCAAGGCAAAACUCUCUCAAUUUUGCCAUGUGCCGGAGGAGAAUAUUGUAACUCUCUACGAUGUUCCAAAUAUUUGGCAUGUUCCACUGCUUUUAAGAGAUCAAAAGGCUCAUGACGCGAUCCUGAAAGAAUUGAACCUCCUUUGCAAUGCCAUGGACCCUGACUUGACUGAGUGGACAGCAAGAACCAGAGUUUAUGACACACUGCAGGAUCCUGUCAGAAUUGCCAUGGUUGGAAAGUACACAGGACUAAGUGAUUCAUACCUCUCUGUGUUGAAGGCCCUUUUGCAUGCUUCUGUUGCAUGUCGCAGGAAGCUUGUAAUAGAGUGGGUUGCAGCUUGUGACCUCGAAGAGACUGCUAUGGUAGAGGCGCCGAAUGUUCACAUGGCUGCAUGGAGUCUUUUGAAGGGUUCCGAUGGUAUUCUUGUACCAGGAGGGUUUGGUGAUAGAGGAGUGCAGGGAAAGAUACUUGCUAUAAAGUAUGCUCGUGAGAACAAGGUUCCAUUCUUGGGGAUAUGUCUGGGAAUGCAAUUAUCUGUUGUCGAGUUUGCCCGCUCAGUUCUUGGUUUGCAUGAUGCAAAUAGCACGGAGUUUGAUCCUGAAACUUCAAGUCCUUGUGUCAUAUUUAUGCCAGAGGGAUCCAAAACUCAUAUGGGGGGCACUAUGCGGUUAGGGUCGAGAAGGACUUACUUUCAGGUUGCUGAUUGCAUAUCUGCUAAGUUGUAUGGUAAUGCUAAGUUUGUCGAUGAGCGACACCGACACAGAUAUGAGGUAAACCCAGACAUGACAACAGAAAUCGAGAAGGCUGGCCUCUCGUUUGUUGGCAAGGAUGAGACUGGGCGGCGUAUGGAGAUUGUAGAAUUACCUAGUCAUCCAUACUUUAUGGGUGUUCAGUUCCACCCUGAAUUCAAGUCUAGACCUGGAAAACCAUCUGCAGUUUUCCUAGGUCUCAUUGCAGCGGCGUCUGGGUGUUUAGAAGCUGUUGUGAGAACAAGUGGCCAAGGGGACAAAGUAUUGGCAAAUGGAGUUGCGAAUGGAACACCAAAGGCUAAAGUCUAUCAAAACAGAGGUGUGGGCAGGUCGUGGAGAGGGGCACCGGAUGUAUAUAGCAAUGGAAACGGGAUUCACCAUGAUUGAAAACAUCAGUGUUGAUGGACGAUGUUCAGUCUCUCGUGGUUUUGGCUUGAGUUAAGAGCUUUAUCGUGGACAAUCAGUAGUAUCUCUACUUGUACAGCUGCUGAGUGUUUCAGAGUUUUGAGGAAAGGCUUUGGGUAUACCGUUAGGAGUUGUGGUGGGGCGACAUGGAUUCCGUGUCUUUGCCUUUGGAUGGCCCUAAAGGACGAGUGCUCAACAUCUGUUGGCAGUAAAUAAUACUGCAGCAUGAUGAAGCAACUGUUUUUUUUAAUUAUCAAUGAAAAACGCUUCUCUUCCCUAA